AUGUACGUUGUUACUGAUGAUAAAGCACAGAGCGAUGACGAACACUUGGAAGAUUAUGUGUUGAGUACUGAUGACAUGUACGUUGUUACUGAUGAUAAAGCACAGAGCGAUGACGAACACUUGGAAGAUUAUGUGUUGAGUACUGAUGACAUGUACGUUGUUACUGAUGAUAAAGCACAGAGCGAUGACGAACACUUAAAGCAGAAAGAUGACGAACACUUGGAAGAUUAUGUGUUGAGUACUGAUGACAUGUACGUUGUUACUGAUGAUAAAGCACAGAGCGAUGACGAACACUUGGAAGAUUAUGUGUUGAGUACUGAUGACAUGUACGUUGUUACUGAGGAUAAAGCACAGAAAGAUGACGAACACUUGGAAGAUUAUGUGUUGAGUACUGAUGACAUGUACGUUGUUACUGAUGAUAAAGCACAGAGCGAUGACGAACACUUGGAGGAUUAUGUGUUGAGUACUGAUGACAUGAAUAUUCCAGCUAUAUCCAAGGUCUGUGAGCUAAUCGAGUUCCAGGUAGAUAAUCUGCUCGAGUUCCAGGUAGAUAAUCUGCUCGAGUUCCAGGUAGAUAAUCUGGUGCAGUUCCAGGUAGAUAGUUUGGCCGAGUUCCAGAUAGAUAAUCUUAUCAAGUUCCUGGUAGAUGACCUGGAUGAAGAUGUUGUGACCAACAUCCAUACACCGCCACCCAUCUUCCCAGUACACCGCCAUCCCUCUUCCCACGACACCGCCACCCCUCUUCCCACGACACCGCCACCCAUCUUCCCAGUACACCGCCACCCAUCUUCCCAGUACACCGCCACCCCUCUUCCCACGACACCGCCACCCCUCUUCCCACUACACCGCAACCCCUCUUCCCAGUACACCGCCACCCAUCUUCCCAGUACACCGUCACCCCUCUUCCCACGACACCGUCACCCCUCUUCCCAGUACACCGUCACCCCUCUUCCCACUACACCGCCACCCCUCUUCCCACUACACCGCCAACCCCUCUUCCCACUACACCGCCAACCCCUCUUCCCAGCACACCGCCACCCCUCUUCCCAGUACACCGCCACCCCUCUUCCCACUACACCGCCACCCCUCUUCCCACUACACCGCCACUUCUUCCUCCUCCGCCACGCCCCUCUUCCCUACACCGCCAUCCCUCUUCCCACUACACCGCCACCCUCUUCCCACUACACCGCCACCCCUCUUCCCACUACACCGCCACCCUCUCUUCCCGUACACCGCCACCCUCUUCCCAGCACACCGCCACCCCUCUUCCCACAACACCGCCACCCUCUUCCCACUACACCGCCACCCCUCUUCCCACUACACACCGCCACCCUCUUCCCACUACACCACAACCCUCUUCCCUACAACGCCACCCUUCUUCCCACUACAGUACACGCCACCCCUCUUCCCAGUACACCGCCAACCCUUUUCCGCUACACCGCCAGCCCUCUUCCCACGACACCGCCACCCUCCUCCCACUACACCGCCACCCCUCUUCCCACUACACCGCCACCCCUCUUCCCAGUACACCGCCAACCCUCUUCCCGCGAAACCGCCACCCUCCUCCCACAACACCGCCACCCCUCCUCCCACUACACCGCCACCCCUCCUCCCACAACACCGCCACCCCUCUGCCCAGUACACCGCCACCCCCUCUUCCCAGUACACCGCCACCCCUCCUCCCACUACACCGCCACCCCUCCUCCCACAACACUGCCACCCUCUGCCCAGUACACCGCCACCCCUCUUCCCACUACACCGCCACCCUCCUCCCACUACCCCACCACCCCUCUUCCCACAGUACACCACCACCCCUCUUCCCAGUACACCCCACCCCUCUUCCCCUUCACACCGCCACCCCUCUUCCCACUACACCCGGCCCUCUUCCCAGUACACCGCCACCCCUCUGCCCAGUACACCGCCACCCCUCUUCCCACUACACCGCCACCCCCUCCUCCCACUACACACCCACCCCUCUUCCCAGUACACCGCCACCCCUCUUCCCAGUACACCGCCACCCCUCUUCCCAGUACACCGCCACCCCUCCUCCCACGACACCGCCACCCCUCUUCCCAGUACACCGCCACCCCUCUUCCCACUACACCACCACCCCUCCUCCCACCCCUCUUCCCUAACUCUUCCCUAACUCUUCUAAAUUUGAUCAUACGUCGCAAAAAGCCCUUUAGUUAUGGAAGGAAGUUUGACAUUGGAGAAGCCCGGCUGAUAACGGUGGAUGCGCGGGGCAUGCGAUACUGGUAA